CGUGUCGUGCAGCUCUCCGAGGCUCGGCUCAGAAACUCUCCGACGCAUCAGUGCUGAACACCUGCUCCGCGCAGCCUCCGGGUCUCCGACGGUUUUGGGGGAGAAAUAAUGAAGCUGGAAGUUUUCUCAGCGCACCACUUCGCGCACAAGCCGGUGGAGUUGUGCAUGGAGCCAGACGGGGGAGUCCCCUCCCCUCUGUCCGGGGACGAGCUGGGGUCUGACGGGGACUUCGUGGCCAACAGCCCGGCACCUGUCAGCCAAAGCGGGGAGGGCGGCAAGGGCAAGCCGUACACCCGCAGACCCAAGCCCCCCUACUCCUACAUCGCUCUCAUCGCCAUGGCCAUCCGGGAGUCCAGCAGCGGCCGCCUGACUCUGGCGGAGAUCAACGACUACCUGAUGAAGAAGUUCCCGUUUUUCCGGGGCAGCUACACCGGCUGGAGGAACUCCGUGCGCCACAACCUGUCACUCAACGACUGCUUCCUGAAAGUGCUGCGGGAUCCGUCCAGACCGUGGGGGAAGGACAACUACUGGAUACUGAACCCGCACAGCGAGUACACCUUCGCUGAUGGGGUGUUCCGCCGCAGGAGGAAGCGCAUCGCCAAGCGCGCCCCAAAGGAGCAGGAGAGCCCGUACAUCCUGAGCGAGGACACCCGCCUCCCUGCUGCGGAGGAGAGGGUGGGGGCCAAGUUCUCCAGCUCAUUCGCCAUCGACAGCAUCCUCAGCACGCCCUUCAGACGGAGGGAAGACGGCCACCCUGACCCGGAGAACCCCAACCCGCGGGUGUACUGGUCCCCAGGGGCCCACAUGCUACCUUACACCCUGAACUAUCCGGUCCCGAACACGUUCGUGUCCGCGGCGGGCUACGGCAGCACAGAACCGGGCCGGGACCCUAACCUGCAGCGGGGCAUGGCCCCACCUGAGCCCGCCUUCAAGGUGCCCAGCAAGCGGCGCGGUUUCCUCAUAGACUCCCUGCUGUCAUGAAGCUCGUGGCCUGCUGUCACACCUGCGUGCACUUUUUGUGGGCGCGCGCAGCUUCGACGGCUGAAGCGUGCUGGACUCAGUUUGUGACCAAACUACUGUAAAGUGGAAAAACAAACAUGGCGUGUUGUCAAAACAGCUCCGGCUGCGUGGUGACGAACCAAAACAUUCGAGUCAGCGCAGGACAUUCCUCCGUGUGCGUGCGUGCGCGCGUGUGUGUGUGUGUAUUCAUGGUUCAUUGGUCAUUUCUCUUGUUUGAUGGUAACCAUGUUAAAGUCUUUAUUUAUAUUUGUAUGUUUUGUAUGAACUGCUGUGUGUUAAUUAUAAACUAUUGACCAGCUGCGUUAGAAUCACGCACGAACGCGUUUUCCAGAGACUGAUUGGUUGACAGGUGGAUUGAUGCACGCUUGGUAUUUUUUUUAAUAAAAACCUGAAAAAACU